AAAUAGUAAAUACCAAAUUUUAAUACUAAACAUUUAAAUUUAAAGACUAGAUCAAUUUCAGUUCUCAUUUCUUAUUACUCAGAAGUCUAUCUAGCUCUCAAUAUUUCAAAGUCAUAAAAAAAUUAAUAAAUAUUACGUAAAUAUUUAUUAAGGAUAAUGUUAAAGAGUAAAAUUACAAAUCAUUUUUAAAUGUUUUAUUUAUAGUCAUUAGUCCUAAAUACUUAAAGAAAAACAUAAUAUAAUAUAGUAGCUGUUGUAUAAUUUACUUAUAAGUUAUAAUUCAUAAAUAAUUUCAAUAAGAUGGAAAAACAAAAUAAAAGCCAUGAAAUGAAACAAAAUUUAAGAGCUAAAAGUCCUACAGUUAAAUCAGCUUUACAGGAUUGUAGUAUACUAAAUAUUUCAAAUCCUCAUAACUUAAAUUCAAUAAAAAAGGAAAAUCAAGAAAUGAAAGUCUUAACAGUAUCAACUCCAACUAUCCACCAACCAAAAACAUUAAAAAAUUUGAAUUUAUUAAGUAAUUUACAAUCAACACCAAAUACUCGCCAUUUUAAUAAAUCAGAAAUGGAUUCAAGAAUAAUAAUGAACCUCAGUCCAAUAAUGUCUACCUCAACAUUAAAACAAAACUUAUAUAAUCAUAAAGAUAUUUAUCAACAUAAAUCACAUACAGACAUUGAUUUUUCAUUAAAUCCAUUGAAAUACCAGAAUUCAUCAAAUCUUUGUAAAAACCACGAAUUAAACAAAUGGAAAACAAAUAAAACUUUAAUUGGAACAACUCACAAAAGUAAUAUUAUCAAUUCAACAAUUUUACCAGAAAAUACAAGACAAACAAAUGAAGAUAAUAUUAAUGAAAAAGCUAAAAGAUGCUUAUUUGAAGAAAAUAAGACAGUUAAUAAUAUAUCUAAUUUGGAAACAGAUCAAGAUUCACUUAAUAUUUCUUUAGACAUAUUAGAACAAGUUUGUCAAAUGUCAGAAAUAAUGGAUGAUAGUUUAACCGAGGAAGUAAAAAUAAAUGUUGAUAAUGAUAAAAAGAAAAAAAAAUUAGCAUUUUUUCUUUAUGGCAAUAGCACACCUAAACUUGAAGAUACAGAGGAAGAAAACAAAUUAUUACAAUGGGCAUUAAGUAUGGAAGAUAAUGUAUUAUCUGAAUCUAGAUCAAAUAAUAAAUUAUGUUCUGAAAAAGAAUUUACCUCUCUAAAUCAACUUAAAAAUAAAGAAACUAACUUAUCUAAAUAUGGAAGUGAACAAUCUAAAAGUAAUAAGUUGAACACAUAUAUAAGUGAUUCAAAGUGUAACUUUUUUGAUCCUGAAGAUAUAAAUGAAAUUGGAAAUACACAGAUGUGUGAAAUAGCAGAUAUGACUGAACCAUUAGAAUCAUUUGAUGAUCAAUGGACACAACAAUAUACGUCAUGUAAUGUAUCUAAUUUAAGCAGUAAAGUUAAAGAAAAUCAUUUCCAUAAAAAUUCUGAUGAAGUAAUAAACACAUCAAUAGAUUUUAUUGGCGAUAAAAUAAAUAUAAAAAAAUGUAACUUAUUAGAUAAUACAAAUGAAAAGUUAGAAAUAUUUCAAUCAAUUGUUAAAAAUGAACUGAUUGAAUCUCGAAUUGUGACUCCAGAUGAUAUAAUAACAAAUGAUAGUAUAUAUAAUGGUUUUUUUACUGCUGGUGGCAAAUUAAUUAAAGUAUCAGAUGAGGCCUUACAAAAAGUUCAAACAUUGUUAAAAGAUGAACUAACUGAAUCAUCAACAGUUACAAAAGGUACAACUAGUACAAAAACCAAUACCUGUAAAGGUUUUUCAACUGCAGGAGGAAAAUCAAUUAAAAUAUCAGAUACAGCUCUACAAAAAGUUCAAACACUAUUAAAAGAUGAACUAACUGAAUCAUCAACAGUUACAAAAGGUACAACUAGUUCAAAAACCAAUAUCUGUAAAGGUUUUUCAACUGCAGGAGGAAAAUCGAUUAAAAUAUCAGAUACUGCUCUACAAAAAGUUCAAACACUGUUAAAAGAUGAACUAACUGAAUCAUCAACAGUUCCAAAAGGUACAACUAGUACAAAAACCAAUACCUGUAAAGGUUUUUCAACUGCAGGAGGAAAAUCAAUUAAAAUAUCAGAUACAGCCUUACAAAAAGCACAAACACUGUUAAAAGAUGAACUAACUGAAUCAUCAACAGUUACAAAAGGUACAACUAGUUCAAAAACCAAUACCUGUAAAGGUUUUUCAACUGCAGGAGGAAAAUCAAUUAAAAUAUCAGAUACAGCCUUACAAAAAGCACAAACACUGUUAAAAGAUGAACUAACUGAAUCAUCAACAGUUACAAAAGGUACAACUAGUUCAAAAACCAAUACCUGUAAAGGUUUUUCAACUGCAGGAGGAAAAUCGAUUAAAAUAUCAGAUACAGCCUUACAAAAAGCACAAACACUGUUAAAAGAUGAACUAACUGAAUCAUCAACAGUUCCAAAAAGUACAACUAGUACAAAAACCAAUACCUGUAAAGGUUUUUCAACUGCAGGAGGAAAAUCGAUUAAAAUAUCAGAUACAGCCUUACAAAAAGCUCAAACACUGUUAAAAGAUGAACUAACUGAAUCAUCAACAGUUCCAAAAGGUACAACUAGUACAAAAACCAAUAUCUGUAAAGGUUUUUCAACUGCAGGAGGAAAAUCGAUUAAAAUAUCAGAUACUGCUCUACAAAAAGUUCAAACACUGUUAAAAGAUGAACUAACUGAAUCAUCAACAGUUACAAAAGGUACAACUAGUUCAAAAACCAAUACCUGUAAAGGUUUUUCAACUGCAGGAGGAAAAUCAAUUAAAAUAUCAGAUACAGCCUUACAAAAAGUUCAAACACUGUUAAAAGAUGAACUAACUGAAUCAUCAACAGUUACAAAAGGUACAACUAGUUCAAAAACCAAUACCUGUAAAGGUUUUUCAACUGCAGGAGGAAAAUCGAUUAAAAUAUCAGAUACAGCCUUACAAAAAGUUCAAACACUGUUAAAAGAUGAACUAACUGAAUCAUCAACAGUUCCAAAAGGUACAACUAGUACAAAAACCAAUACCUGUAAAGGUUUUUCAACUGCAGGAGGAAAAUCGAUUAAAAUAUCAGAUACAGCCCUACAAAAAGUUCAAACAAUGUUAAAAGAUGAACUAACUGAAUCAUCAACAGUUACAAAAGAUACAACUAGUUCAAAGACUAAAAUUUUUAAUCAAUUAUUAAAUGCUGAAGAUAAAUCUAUUAAAAAAUUAGACAUGUUGUUACAAAAAGAUCAAGUAACAUAUAAAGAUGAUAAACAAUUAUUUGAUAGUUCACUAAAAACAAUUGAUAUUCCAAACGAUUGUAAUAAUUUGAACAGAGCUUCAAAAUCAAUUAACAACCUAAAAACUAAAUCAAACUGUUUUGAAAUUUUAAAACACGAAGAAGAGAAUACAUUUGAAGAUGAUUUGUCUUUAAUUAACACAGUGGAAAAAUUUGAAAGAGAUCAAAUUGUUUGUAAGCCAGUACUGAGAAAUAAACGUCCAGGAAGCCCUAUAAAUAAAUAUGAAAUUGAUUAUAAGAUUAAAAAAACAGUACAUAAUGAAAGAUGGGAAAUUGAUGAGUUAAAUAUUUCAUUUAAUGAUUACUUGUCAAAAAAAUUAUAUGGACCCAAAGUAUCAUUACCAGAAGUAGUUGAUUGGAACUUACCAAAAAUGUCUACAACCAAACAGUUUCCUGAGAAUGGUAUAGCAAAAGAAUUAAUCAAAUUGGGUAUCGAUAAUGCAACAAAUUUGAAGUUAUAUUGGGAAAAAAAUUAUAAAUUAUCUGAUGGUCAUAAAAAUAAAAUGUACAAUUUUCAAGAUAUAAAAUAUUUUUUUUUAUUACACAAUUUUGUUGAUGGCAAACUCAUUCCUAAUAGAUGGAUAGAAAACCAUUUUCGUUUUAUAGUAUGGAAAUUGGCUGCUACUGAAAUUUUUUUUCCCGAUCAGUUUGGAAACAAGUUAUUAACAGCAAAAAACAUAAUACAUCAACUAUUAUAUAGAUAUUAUAGAGAAAUAGAAAAAUGCCAAAGAUCUGCAUUAAAAAAGAUACUUGAAAAAGAUGAAGCUACAUCAAAAAGAAUUGUUUUAUGUGUUUCAAAAGUUAAUAAAACAAAUUUAGCUGAAACAUAUACUAUUGAACUAACUGAUGGCUGGUAUAGUGUUCAAGGAAUAAUAGAUUAUGAAAUGAAUAUGCUUUUACAUAAAGGCAUUGUAAAAGUUGGUACUAAACUUAUAGUAUACAAUGCAGAACUUAUUGGUGCUGGAGAAGGAAUUGAUCCUCUAGAUGUUCACAAUGGUGUAAAACUUAAGAUAUCGACAAAUAGUACACGAAGAGUACGUUGGUAUACCAAAUUAGGGUUCUAUAAAAACUCUACAUUACCUAUACCUAUUACAUUGGAAUCAGUUCUACCACAUGGUGGAAUAAUAGGAUCUCUUUCACUUGUAAUACUUAGAAAGUAUCCUAUAAUGUUUCUUGAAAAGAAAACAAGUUCAAAAUCUAUUUUUAGGAAUGAGAAAAUGGAAAUUAUUGAAGCUGAAAAAUAUAAAGCACACCAACAAAAGGCAUUAGAAAUAAUUUCAAAUAACAUAAAAUCUGAAUUAAUUGCUGAAAUGGCCUCUAAAACUAAUAGUGUAUCAAAAAAAUAUAUUUCGAAUAUGAAAAAAGAAAAUUUAGAUACAUUAAAUAUAGAUGAAUUGAGCAAUAUUUUAGAAAAUUCCACUGAUCCUUUGGAAAUUCAAUCCUUGCUCAGUCAAGAAAAGUUAGAAGCCCUUGAAGAUUUUAAAAAAUCAGAGCAAGAAAGAUUCUAUAAUGAACUUCAAAAUAGGGUCAAUAAAGUAUUUAAUGAUCAAUUUAAAGAUGCUCGUAAAGUAAUACCUAUGAUAAAGUUACGUGUUGUUGAUAAAAAGUAUGCUUCUACUGGCGUUAAAGCUGCUUUACUUACAAUUUGGAAUCCAUCAGAGGAUGUCACUGAUAUUUUGAAUAAAUCUACUGAAGGUCAAUGUUGUACAUUCCAUCAUAUUACUGCUAAUGGAUUUAUGAAUGGUGAACUACAAUUAUCAGCCAACAAAAAUACUCGUUUCAAUUUUCAAGAGUGUACAAAUGAAUAUGCGAAACGUGAUGUAGUAAGCUUUAAAAAUAUUUGGUCUGGUACAUUUUUACCACUAUUUGGUGAAUUAGAUUUUGUUGGUAUUGUUAUAUCAAAUGUUAAUAAAAAUAAUGCUUUUAAUGAAGUCUACGUAUCAGAUAAAGAAAUGAAUAUAAUCAGUAUUUUGUUCCGAGGCAAUAUUAAGGAAUAUGGAUAUGAUGACAUGAUAUACCCAGGCAGUAUAUUAUCUGGAAUUAAUAUUCAAUUUAAAGGUUUCAAUCCUAUGUCUUCUAUACCAAAGUUGUAUACUACGGAGCAAUCUUUAUUUACAACAAAUCCGAAGACUGAUUAUAUUUUAAACAUUUUUAAUGAUUAUAAAAUGUUCAUUAAAAUGCCUGAAAAUCAAGAUUUUUUAGUAAGCUGUCAAACUAAACUUAAUGAAAUUUGUAACGGACAUGGAGAAACAACAAUGAUAAAUAAUGAGCAAUGUUUAAAUAAAUCAAGAAAUGCAUUGCAUAGAUCUUAUGGUGAAUUACCUGUCACUGUUGUGAGAACUUCUAAUACACCUCAAUCUGAAUUUUCUCCUGUUCAAAAAAGAAUAAAAAUGCUGAAUGCUUAUGGAAAAACACCACCAUUAAAUAUUGUUCAUACUAAACCACCAGAUAAAAAACUGAUGGGUCAAUUUAAAACACCAACCCGAUUAUAAAUUUAUGUAUUUCAUAAGUUCAACUAUUAAUUUAAGUUAAAAUAGGUAGUUUGUAAAUAAAUGUUUUGUUUAUUUUAUUAAAAAGAAAAAUUUUACUAUA